AUCUGUCUGGUUUGCUGCUGUGCUGUCGGACGAAUCGAAAGCGAAUGUCGCCCGUUCGCUAUCUCAUUAUUGCUUUAUGUGGCGUUGGUCACAUAUAAUUGCUUAUAUAUUAAUUCAUAAUUAAACCAGUAACUGUAAUUAGAAACAAAUAUAGUUGUUAUUUGACAAAAAGUCAACGGCGGGGAUAUUGAGGAUUUUACUUUGACAUGUGGCACUGAAGAUUUUAAUCAGUAGCAAAAAUGUUCAGAAGUAAGAUAAGAAUACACACAUGCCGAAUAAUUUUACUGACUUCUUUGGCAUGGCUUUUAAUUGAUGUUGUACUGCUGGCUAUGUAUUCUGAGUGCUUCGGCGAUGGGUGCAAUAAAAAACCUGUUUCUGAACAUGAGACUUGGAAUUCUGAACAGUACAAAGGCAAGAAGGCUGCUAUAGCAGCAGGUCAUCAUGUUGAAGAUGACACGAACAUUGAACAGAAUGAAAUCCAGGAUGUGGGGGAUGACGGUCUCAUAUUGCCACCGUAUCCGAAGUCAAGACUAAAACGAUGGGAGCCUAUGCCCACUGUCAGGCCACAAGGCGAGCUCCCAGGAGAGUUGGGCAAAGCUGUUAAUAUCCCCAUAGAACAAGAAAAAUUGAUGUUGGACAAAUUUCAAGAAAACCAAUUCAAUUUGUUGGCCAGCGACAUGAUCUCUCUCAACAGGUCACUUACGGACGUCAGAUUUGAAAAAUGUAAAGAUAAGCCAUAUCCAGAUUUGCUGCCCACGACAAGCGUAGUCAUAGUGUUCCAUAAUGAGGCGUGGACUACCCUCAUCAGGACCAUUUGGAGCACGAUCAACCGGUCACCGAGACCUUUGCUCAAGGAGAUCAUACUCGUAGACGAUGCAAGCGAGAAAGAACACUUAGGCAAGAAACUUGAGGACUACAUAAAGACGUUGCCGGUGUCCACUCGUCUGUUCCGCACUGAAAAGCGUUCGGGACUGAUCCGCGCUCGCUUGCUGGGCGCCAAGCAUGUCAAGGGUGACGUCAUCACGUUCCUAGACGCGCACUGUGAAUGCACCGAGGGUUGGCUGGAGCCUCUUCUCGCCCGCAUCGUGGAAGACAGGUCGACGGUGGUGUGCCCCAUCAUCGACGUGAUCUCCGACACCACCUUCGAGUACAUACAGGCCUCCGACAUGACGUGGGGCGGUUUUAACUGGAAGCUUAACUUUAGAUGGUAUCGCGUCCCCGAAAGAGAAAUGGCGCGGCGUGGCGGCGAUAGGACGGCGCCAUUACGCACCCCCACCAUGGCCGGCGGGCUGUUCGCCAUAGAUCGCGAGUACUUCUACAAGAUCGGCUCCUACGACGAGGGCAUGGAUAUUUGGGGAGGCGAGAACUUGGAGAUGAGCUUCAGGGUAUGGCAGUGCGGCGGCCGCCUGGAGAUAGUGCCGUGCUCGCACGUCGGCCACGUUUUCCGGGACAAGUCCCCGUACACCUUCCCCGGGGGCGUCCAGAAUGUGGUGCUCCACAACGCGGCGCGAGUCGCCGAAGUGUGGAUGGACGAGUGGGGCGAGUUCUAUUAUGCCAUGAACCCAGGAGCACUAUCGGUACCCGUUGGUGACGUCAGCGAACGUAAGGCGCUGCGUGAGCGACUCAAAUGCAAGAACUUCCGAUGGUACCUCGAAAAUAUCUACCCUGAGAGCCAGAUGCCACUGGAUUACUAUUACCUAGGAGAGAUACGCAACGCGGAAACAUCAAACUGUCUGGACACGCUUGGAGGCAAAGCCGGCCAGCCGCUCGGAAUGGGAUAUUGUCAUGGAAUGGGCGGGAAUCAGGUGUUUGCUUACACGAAACGCAAACAAAUAAUGUCGGACGACAACUGCCUGGACGCCGCGCACCCGCGAGGCCCCAUCAAGCUGAUCCGCUGUCACGGCAUGCGCGGCAACCAGGAGUGGACAUAUGACACCAAGACUCGUGUAAUCAAACACACGAACACGGGCAUGUGCCUAGAGAAGCCCGAGUCGGCGGACGUGUGGAAGCCUCUACUGCGGCCGUGCAACCGCUCCCGGGGGCAGCAGUGGCUGAUGCAGGUGGACUUCAAGUGGCAAGCCAAGAGGCACGAGGCCAGCUAGUCCAAUGGGACGGCGUCAAGCGCGCUAUCGAGGAUCGACAACGAUAGACCAUAAAAGUCUUCCCCUCUCGUUAGAUAUCAAAAUUCCUUGUUCUAAUGUAUAUCUAAAGUUUUAUAUUAAAUUUAAUUAGUAUAUCUACGCGCGAGGUCCUGUGAAUUGUUGACAAUACAUAAAAUAUGCAUGUUGUAUUAUUCAUCAUAAAAAAUAUUGCUCAAAUUAGUAUUGCGCUGAGUAGUGAUUUAUCGCUAUGUUAUAUUCAAGAUAAGACAUACGAUGUUAAUGAUUUUUAAGAAAUAUUGUAUUUUGUUUGCGGAAAUCUGAGAAAUUGAGGUUGAGAUUUUUUACUUGUGUUGUGUUGAUGUGAACGCGUAAAGAUAUUUUGGAUACCUUAUAAACGGAAAUAUAUAUUUUUUUUAUUUAAGAUAGUCUCAAUAUCUUUCUUCUGUAGUUAACAAAAAGAAAUAGUUAAUAGAAGAGCAUUUUAAAUAUUUAAAUGGAUACUCAGUACUUGUAAGUCGUGUAUUAUCAUAUCUCACCUUCGGCCAAGAACCGCGGCUUAAACUUUAUAAUGAAAAACUGAACUUUAUUUUUUUUAAACGUUAUUAUAAACACCAACAGACCUGAACUGAGCGGUUUAAAGAUCCUUCAGGGCUACCUGCAUAACUGUGAGACGCCACGGUGCUAAACUUUGCCAUUAGGCUUACAUUUAAUUUUUACGAAUAUUUCAUACCAUCCGGUCAAUUUCAUCCAAUUUACUGUACAGUACUACAUUUUCUCUGAUAAAGGAUAAGGUUUGCAGUGUGUUUGAGAAAUGUUUGCAUCGUAUGAAAACGUAUAUAGAAUUUUAUUUUUGUUACAAUAAAUAGUUUGGUUGGGUAGCGGCAGGAAUGCUACGGUUUGCCAAACUGCCUUAAAGUUUGCCACUUGCGUUUCUCGGACGCGUUUCUCGGCGUGCUGUGAGGUGGCAGCUAAAUUUGGUAUUCGACAAAUAUUUUACUUUAUAAAAUUCGGUUAUCAUUAUUCAAAAUAUGUUUUAUUUACCAGCACGCCUAGAAAACAGUCCUUAGUUUGUAUUUAGCCGGUAAAUAGAUAAGAACUUCCUAUAUGUUAAAAAUUUAAAAGACUACUUCCUAUAUCCUCUAUUUUCACAUGGUUCUACCUACAUGGGAGAUUAUAUUCUGACAUUAUUAUAUAUUUAAUCUUAGACAUAUAAGCAGGGUUGUUAUCCACAUUUUUUUGGUUCUUGCAUUUAUUGCAUAGUGUUAUCAUAUUUAGCAAUUUGAAUGAAAGAUUCAUCGAGUACGUAAUACCUUUCUCGUUCAAUAGUUUCAGUAUUCAAUGCGUAAAUUAAAGAAGUUGUUUAUCCAUAUUACGCAUAUAGGAUUUGAAAGUAGUUAUAAAUUUUGCUGCCUUAUGGAUUUCGAGUUUUAGAAUAAUGCUACAUUUAGAUGCUUCUUUCAACGAGUCUUUAUGGAAUUGCCUUCAUUUAGUUAUACAGAUAUAGAUUCUUCAAUUCUUGAAAUUAUUUUUCAAAUAUUAUUUAUGUAAAAUGUUCAAAGCAACGAAAAUGUAAUGAAAUCAAAAGUAUUUGAUGUGAAUAAUUUUAUAUUUGAAUUAUGUAGUAAUAACCAGGCGCUCGACGAGACUCAAACGAGGGUCGUGUUAGUCCUCUCGAUGCCGAAUUAUUUAUGUAAAAAUGCAUUUUUAAUGUUAGUUAUUUUUUUGUUGCUUUCUAAAGUAUUUAUUUUAAAGUUCAUCAAUAAAAUUGACCAUAUCACUAAGUAAUGUAUAUGAUGUAACAAAGAUUCUAGGUGUAGAAAACGGAAGAUUUAAUUUAUUUAUGGAAUGCAUCACAGUUUCUUGUGUGAAUAUCCUUAUAUGGAGAUUAUCAAGGUUUGUUAUAAUGAAAAACAUGUGCAGACGACGGACGAGAUCAAAUUCGUCAUGUGAUUUUUUUUAUAUUAAUGUCACUCCUCUCAUUUAAAUGAUAGUGCCCACAUUUCUAGUUUAUGAUAUGACGACUUAGUACAAAUGUAUAAAACAGUAACAAUGUUUCAUACAUUUGUACUGAGUUAUUAAUAGACAAAAGACCGGCAAUAUUCCCUCGUCUGUGCAGAUUUUCAUGCUAUUCUGCUACAUUAUUUGUAUUAAAAAAAAAAAAAACCAACUAAGGCGUUACAACUCUUAGAGAAGAGUUUUUGUAAAGUAAUACUAUAAUUAUCAUGUAAAAGUGUAAUUAUUGUAAAUAAUUUGUUAUGCGAAGAUUCGUCUAAAUGGCGACUUUGAGUACUGUACAGACAGCAAAUCAAGGGAUCAUACAAAUACGAAAGACGCAGUAAGCCACUAAACUAAUACCUAUAAGUGUAGGUUGCUUGGUAGUUUCGUCUGUACAGGUACAUUUUGAAUACCUUUAAACGUCGGAAUCUCAGAAUCGUAUUUAUUGUGUGACAAGCAGUCAACGAGUGCCAAAAGUCGCGUUUAUUUUAUCGUAAUACAUUCACCAUUCCAAUAAACAAACCUAUAAGUGACUUGAUAAAUAAAUAUUGUUUUGACUGAAUUUUACACAA